GUGAACGUGGGGUUGGGGUUACUCGAGCUUGGAUAACUCCUGGGAAAGCGCUUCAAACCCAUCCGAAGGACAGAUGGUGUUCGUUCCUACAAUCCAGUGGAUUUAAAUAUGGAAGGGAAAAUCUAAGAGCACUGGGAAUAUAAGAGUGGGAAAGCAAGCCACAACGGGACUCUGCGCUGCUGUCUGUCUGCAAGUGAGCAGAAUAAAUCACUUUUGGAAAAAUGGAAAAAAAGGCACCAAGAAAUGAGACCCAGCCCCUGACUUCCAAGAAAGACGUCUCAGACUGUAAUGAAGGAGAAGACUGUAAAGAGAAUGAACUUCUGGUCAGAAACCCUAAAUCUGCUCUGCGACUAAUGGAAGAUGGGAAUAAAGUCCAUCCUAGCCAGGGAGAUAAAGGAGAGGCAGCUCAAAUCUCAAAUGGUUAUUCAGGGAUUCAGAGCUCUGUUCCUUGCAAUGGAAUGGGAGAGGUAGAAGAUGCCCAGUGCACUGCCCCAGCAGCCACAACCACCACUACAACCACCACGUCGACCACCUGUGGAGCAGAAGGCCAGCAGCAGCUGAUGGAGCUAGAAGACAGAGAGACCUGGAGUAAAAAAAUUGACUUUCUGCUCUCUGUCAUUGGGUAUGCAGUGGAUCUGGGAAAUGUGUGGCGAUUUCCUUAUAUAUGCUAUCAAAACGGAGGAGGAGCAUUCCUCAUCCCUUACACAAUUAUGGCCAUCUUUGGAGGUAUUCCUCUCUUCUACAUGGAGCUAGCACUAGGACAGUACCACAGGAACGGGUGCAUUUCAAUUUGGAGAAAAAUUUGUCCUAUAUUCAAAGGAAUUGGCUUUGCCAUCUGUAUAAUAGAUCUUUAUGUAGCCUCCUAUUACAAUACCAUUAUGGCGUGGGCCUUUUACUACCUCAUAUCCUCCUUCACAACGGAGCUGCCCUGGAUUAGCUGCACAAAUGCUUGGAAUACAGGCAACUGCACUAACUACUUCAGCAAGGACAAUGUCAGCUGGGCCCCACACUCCAUCUCUCCCGCAGAAGAAUUUUAUACCCGCCAAGUUCUACAGGUGCAUAGGUCCAAUGGGCUGGAUGACCUGGGGGGCAUUAGCUGGCAAUUGACCCUCUGUUUAUUGUUAAUCUUCACCAUUGUAUACUUCAGCAUCUGGAAAGGGGUCAAAACAUCUGGCAAGGUGGUAUGGGUGACUGCCACAUUCCCUUAUGUCAUACUCUUCAUCCUGCUAGUGAGAGGUGCAACUUUGCCUGGUGCCUGGAGAGGUGUCCUCUACUACUUGAAACCUGACUGGCAGAAACUCCUGGCCACUGAGGUUUGGGUGGAUGCAGCAGCUCAGAUUUUUUUCUCCCUUGGUCCAGGUUUUGGGGUCCUGUUGGCUUAUGCCAGCUACAACAAAUUCCAUAACAACUGCUACCAAGAUGCUCUGGUUACCAGUACUGUGAACUGUGUGACCAGUUUUGUGUCUGGAUUUGUCAUUUUCACUGUGCUUGGAUACAUGGCUGAGAUGAGGAAUGAAGAUGUAUCAGAGGUUGCCAAAGAUACUGGACCCAGCCUUCUCUUCAUCACGUAUGCUGAGGCCAUUGCAAACAUGCCUGCUUCAACUUUCUUUGCCAUCAUAUUUUUCCUGAUGUUACUCACGCUGGGCUUAGACAGCACGUUUGCAGGACUAGAAGGAAUGAUUACUGGAAUACUUGAUGAAUUCCCACAUGUCUGGGGCAAACGCAGGGAACUGUUUGUGCUUGGAUUGAUCAUCAUGUGCUUUUUGGGGUCAUUAGCAACCCUGACAUUUGGAGGUGCAUACGUGGUAAAGCUGUUUGAAGAAUAUGCCACUGGCCCAGCUGUCCUAACAGUGGUGUUUCUGGAAUCAGUCGCUGUGGCCUGGUUUUAUGGCAUCACCCAGUUCUGCAGUGAUGUGAAAGAAAUGUUAGGCUUUACCCCAGGCUGGUACUGGCGAGUUUGCUGGGUAGUGAUUAGCCCCAUCUUCCUUUUGUUUGUCACUUGCAGCUUUCUGUCCAAUCCUCCUGAGCUACGGCUUUUUGAUUAUAAUUAUCCCUAUUGGACCACAGUAGUGGGUUAUUGCAUAGGAACCUCUUCUGUCAUCUGCAUUCCAAUCUACAUGGUUUAUCAGUUGAUCAUCACUCCAGGAACACUUAAAGAGCGUAUUCUGAAAAGCAUUACUCCAGAAACAGCCACAGAAAUUCCGUUUGGAGACAUCCGCAUGAAUGCAGUUUAAGUUACCCUAUUUUCUGUGGGGAGAGAGGGAGAGCAUAAAAGUUAACUUUCCCCAUACUCUCUCCUCCAAAGAAUUAUGUUUCCAGCCGAGACAACAAUUGGAGGAGUUUUCCGUGGAGGCUGCCACUGACAACAGGCAGUUGGAAACCUGAUACCUCCAGUACAUACAUCCAAGCAAUUCAAUGAAAUCUGCCGUGCGCUUCUAAAAAGACUAUAUUCACUGAAGAACUUACUUAUUCUGGAAACACGAGGAGUCUGUAUGCAUGAGAAUACCAUUAUUCCAUGCAUGGACACCAGGGCCGUUUGCAAGUAUGCAUGCUUGCGUAAGACGCUAUAGGAUGAGCAUCAGCAGGUAGGAUUAGAUUUAGAAUUGCAAGUCUGUGGCAGUACUCCUGUAUCUUCUUCAAUGUGAUCGUCUGUACUGGGCCAUGUCGUAUUUGCUUCUAAGGUUCUAACUGCUUAAACUACACUGAAGAAUACAAAAAUAUUUCUGAUAGCCAUACAUUAUCCAAGUAACACAGGGUUUUAUAAAAUAAAACAAAACAAGUUAGUAAGUCCUUUGAUCUCUAGGUUUGUAGUGCAGUAGACAGAGGAAGAUGUCUUGUAAGAAACAAUCCUGAAUAGCACUAUAUACAUCUGUGUACAGCACCAAACACAUCUGAUAGCACCAUCCUCCUUUUCAUUUCCUGCACUUUUUAGGUGAUAACAGUUUCUGCUAGUUUUUUUUUUUGGCAUACCAAAUACUACCAAAAAAUCCCCUGAUUUUUUGCAGUGUAGGCUCCAACUCUUAAAUCCUUUUUACUUUCCUUUGCAACCAAUCAAGCAACACCUUGUCAUGAGGACCUUGACAAGCAUUUAAGUUGUUAGAAGUUACUACACUGUUUUUAUAACUAAGCUAGAUAUUCACAGCUGUCAUUGUACUGACAGACUUAAUAUUUAUUCCCAAAGAAGCAAUGAAUUACUUUGAGUUCAGAUGCCAAAAAGUGGACCCUCAAAGUUUUUUUUUUUUUUUUUUUUUUGCUUUGUUUUGUCUGUUGUUUUUAAAUUAAAUUUCACAGCUAAAAUUUGCUAGAGACUGUGACUUUUGCCGUUGUUUCCUUGUGUAGAACUAAAGCUUAGAGUAACCCUUUUGGCUGGCUGAGAAAACCACUUUUAACAAACUCUACAAACCUGCUUUGAAGAUUUACUAGCUCAUAUUCUAAUGUGAACACAUUUGGUUUUCACUCUGAAGAAUAAGAGAUAUAUAUAUUUUUUUUUAAUAAAAAAAAUGAAUUCAGCAGGAUUGAUUCCGACCAGAACUGUUUGUUUACAUUAAAUUUUGAGGCAGUGAUAUAUAAAUUAAAUUCCAUGCACAUACUUUAUAUGUACAUGUGUCUUCCAAAGGUAACUGCCCUAUAGACUGACUGCAAUUGCCAAGUCAGUUGGAGGACCAUAGUUUUGCUGCAGUUACAUGGAACUUAGAUAAACCUAAGUAGUCAUCAUUUAUAUAAAUACUUGAUUGUAUUUUUACUCUACCACAUAUUAUAACAGUCUAUGAUAUGAAAAGUAAAAUAGGCAUAAAAAUCUCUUUUGUAUUCCAUGAUCUACUUAGGUGAUAUACUGCUAAAAAUAACAAGGUUAUAUAUACACUCAUAGAAGCAUGCAUUAAGAAACCUACUGAAAAGUUUACAUAGGUACAAAGAACUUUUACCACGCUAGAGGAAUGCAGUUACUGUGCGAAUGCCUUCUGAAAACAUUUUCACCACUUCCAACAAGGCUUUUCUGCUUAGGUGUGCAGAUACCUCCUCCGAGGUAUGCCUCUCACUUCAGCUACUGACCUGAGUUCGCUUAUCUUUGGGUCUCAAGCCCAACUUCCAAUAAGGAAAGAACUUAAAGGGACAAUGAUUUGUUCUGUCUAAAUUACUAACAAAAGAUUCCAAAAUUAAAUUAUUUUUAAAAAUGGAAUAUGUUCUUACAUUGCCACCAGAAAAAUACAAUAAAUCUUACUGGAUAGUUAGUUACUCAUAAGAAAUAGCUUCAUGGCUUAUAACUCAAGUUAUUUUUGAAAAGCACUUUCAAAACCAGCUUCAUUGUGAGGGAGAAAGAGUUUGGAAUUUUUUUAAAUACUAGAACACCAUUAAGAUUUUAAGUUACCAAACAGAAAAUUACUGAAUUUUUAAUUAAGAUUUUCAAUUAGGAAUUUAUUAGUUGAACAAUACAUAUGAAAUGACAAUGUAAGAUGAAUUAAGUAUUCAUACGUACCCAGUAUCAAUUUUGGGAAAUGCCGGAGGAAUCCCCCUCCCCACAUACCUUCUCCAUUCUUCAGACUGGUGUUCAAGUAAUGCUAUAUUUUUUUCCCUAAAGGGAUAAAUAUCUUAAACAGACAUAUAUUACAAGUGGAACUUCCUGCUAGAGUUGAUACUGUUUCCUGCUAGGUUCAUUCCCCGCCUC